AUGUCGAAAGCUCUGACAGCAGCUCCGAACCUGGUGUCCGGAAUUACGAUCAUGGCAUCCGCGGGAAGGUUAGAGAAGAAAAGGAAGUGGCCAUGGUACGUCCCCUUGUACGGUAAAAACUCCGGCUAUGAUGAGUCCAGCGGCUUGCUUCUGGCGGCGCAUGGUGGUCUGGCUGCUAAUGGAGAGUACAAGACGUGUAGAGUACAUGGUGUUCAAGCAAAGAAAAGGCAGAAAAUGCAAACUUCAAGCAGAAUCGACUUGGGGAUAAGACCAUUGGGCAGCGGUUUUCGCACAGAUGUGUCGUCAGAAAGGGCGAUGCGUGCGAGUGUCGAGUGUCGUAGUCGAGGUGUGAGGAGGGAGGAAAAGAGGAGCGACGAGGUGGGCGGGGGCGCUGAAAACCAAAACACGAGGGGGCCGCCGGUCAGCGGGUGGGGCCAUGUUGUCGCUGCGGUCCUUCUCUCGUCCAAGGCAGAUUGGCCAGCGCGGCCUGGGACGGGGACCGCCACGUUCUUAUCCUCUGCUGACGGUGGGCGUGAGAGGUGCGCGGCACCACUAGCCCUGGACGGUGGGAAGCGCCGUCAUCAUGGUUGGACGCCAUCCCUCGGCGAUAUGCAGAGCGGCCGCCGGAAGCACAGGUCCAGGAUUGUGAAAUUCGAAGUGAAUUGCGCAUCCGUGCUGUGUUGCACAGCGGCGUUUCCAGAAGGGAUCCUCGCUGCGCUCUGCCAAGCGCGAGAAGGGGAUCACGGCUCGAUAACGCCGCCAACGUCGCGACGCUGCUGCGGUCCGCUCAGGCCAGCGCCGUGCGCGACAAUUGCGUAUUGCUUUUUCGUUCCGCGCCAGGGUCCGCGAGAAAAAAGCCUGUUACAGACCGCCUCCAGAUUGUCCGAGAAAAGCGCGCAGCACGAGGAAUUAACUGCUGCGUCUCGCACGGUAGGCCAGCAAGUGAGGGAUUGAUUGAGACGGCCUUGGUCAAGUGGAAGGCGGCUCUCGUUUCCCUUCAGCCGUCUCAACUGCGCUGGCGGCAUGGAAGCUUCCCCCAGGCCGUGUAGAAAUUACCGCCCGCGGUCGACGCGAUUGAUUGUGCGUCGCCAGCCGCUGCGAAGGCUGCAUAUUGACAAGUCGCAUGAUAGAAUAAGGCGCAUAUUCACAGU